AUGAUCUUGCAAAAAAGACAGACCUUUACCGUGUCAGGCAUCAUCGACGGCCUCCCUCUAGUUACCCCUGACCGGGUAGACAGCAUCAACAUCGGCAUCAACACCCUCCCUCUUACAAGCCCUGAUGGGAUAGAUUGCGACCGCAUCGGCAUCGGCAUCAGGAGCUCUGACUGGCGCGGCCACUGCGGACAGGCGAUUCGAGAAGCAGGAACGGGGAUAGUCUGGACUUACUACACAGGGAGGCCAGAGCCGUCAUCAGCACAGUCAAGGCAGAGAACUUCAUCUUCGGAACAGAAGCUAGACUAUCGUUCCCACUGCAUCGACUUCCUCCGCCAAUCCGCCCUUUGCCACGCGGACACAGGCCUCAUAACCUACGAAUGGCAUCCCACCUCCCGCAUCCCCCUCGCGAACAUCACGAGGCAUCAGUGCGUGGAUUGGGGCAAGCUGAGCGGGUGGGUGGAGCAGAGGAGUGUGGAUAUGUUGAGGCCUGGGUGGCUUAUCCAUCCGACGUUGGGUGCUGCAUAUCCAGAUGGGGAGGGGGAUAGGAUUGGGGUUGUGGGGGAUUGA